UAUCCAUGUGAAUUUAUUUCACUUUUAUGUCUUUGUGGAACAUUUGCUUCAGAUGCAGAAGAUUCUUCAAUUCGUCAAACAACCUAUUUAUUUAUUUCACUUUUAAAAAGACAAUUUUUGGAUAUUAAUUUAUCUCCAUUAAAUUUGUCUUCAAUUGUGGAUGAACACAAUAAAAAUGUUGGGUUAUUUUUCAAUAAGCCAAACAUGUAUUAGUCAACAAUUAGCUAAACAAUAUUCUCAACUUACUAUGCCUAUUUUUUCUGAAAUUUGUUCAAGAAUAGAAACUGCACGUCCAAAUAGACAAGUAUCAAUGUUAAUAUUUUUGCAUGAAUGGAUAAAAAAUAUUGUUUUGGUUGAUAAUUAUUGUGAUAUUUAUUUACCCUUAAAAGAAGGCAAAGACGAAAACAAAGAGGAAAGCGGUUGGGGUUCAGAAGAAGCAACACAACUACUUUUAAACAAUUUGUUGUUUUUAACGGCUAAAUUAAGUUGUGAACAUGAUAAAGAAAUUAGAGAAUUGUGGAAAUGUUUGGCAACAAAUUUUAAAACAACAAACUUGCCUAUUAUUGUUCAUUAUCUUUUUAUGAUGAUUUCUCUGUCGUUGGAAAACAUGCUUCCGUUGGCAAAGAAAAUAUCCUCUUAUAUUCUUGAAGCUUGUGGUGAAGAAUUUGUUUCAUUACUUGUAAAUAAUUUAGAAAAUGUUGGAAAACCAUUUAAACAUUUUUUGUGCCGAUCAGAAAUGCCCCCAUUUUAUCGUUGGGAAAAUGAAACAAAAAAAGAAGAAAAUUUUGAAAAUAAAAUUGAGGAAAAUAAUAAUAAUGAAGUAAUUGAAGAAGAAUUUUGUGAAGAAAAAAAUAUAAAUAAUCAAGAUUUAACAACUCCAACAUUAAAUUCUUUAUUAAAAAUUAUUCCAAAACAAUUACCAAUGCCUCCAUAUGGUGGUAAUUAUUCAAGACUUUCUUUACUUUUUCAACCACAAAAUAAUAAUAAUAAUAAUGGAUGUUUACUUUCGAGAAGCCAUAUGUCACUCUUUUUACUUUGUGAUUUAAUUGGAUUAAAAACUUCAAUUGGUUGGAAUGAUUAUAUUCCAAAAUUAUUACACAUUGCUGUUAUUAAUUUGGAUUCUAAUGAUAAAAUAAUUUGCUUCCAUUCACGCCAAAUAAUUAUUAAUAUUUGUUUAAUGUUUAUAGCUGAUGAUGUUUCUCUUGUUCAAGUUGCUACAACUCUACUUAAAAAUCAGGCAAUAUUAAAAUAA